GGGAAGAGAACAUGAAGACAAGAAAAUCAUUCCCAAGGAAGCAGUAGUUGUUGAGCGCAUUAAUUAUACUAUAUGAUAUGAUUCACUCCUCUUCUCGUAUUGUUACACUUCAGAGUAGCAAUUAGCAAAACCCUCUUCCUCUCCCUCUCCCUCUCCCUCUCCCUCUUCAUUCAACCCUUUCCCUAUACACACACCAACAACAAUUCACAGGUACGCUUCCAUUGCCCUCGCUAUUCCAUUUCUCACAAACGCAGUGACUAGGGUUCUUCCCCAUUCAGAUCCACCAAUAAUUCUAUUCCCCACUCCAACAGAAAUCAAUUCGUUAGGGUUUUCAUGCUUUGGCGGGAAUCAACGUCCACCGAACCAUUCACCCUGCGAUGGCCAACCCUCCCGGCGCAGGGACCAAAUUUGGGUCCGUGAAUCUCAACAAAGCGUACGGGCAGGGACAGCAACAUGGAUCGGGUCGAACCCGUGGAGGAGGCGGUGCCAUGGUGGUACUGUCGAGACCUCGGAGUUCGCAAAAGGUUGGGCCCAAGCUUUCUGUUCCACCCCCCUUGAAUCUCCCUUCCUUGCGCAAAGAGCAUGAAAAAUUCGAUUCCUUAGGAUCCGGUGGCGGAGCCACCGUAGGAGGUGGCGGUUCCGGAAGUGGUUCUAGACCUUCCUCCUCUGGUAUGGGGUGGACCAAGCCAGCCACAGCCACACUUACUUUGCAAGACAAAGAACCAAUGGAUUCUGUUGAUGGGUUUAGCAGUGUGUAUGUGCCACCCUCAACUCGAUCCGGUGUGGUGGGACCCACAGCGCUAGAGAAAGCUGCGGUGUUAAGAGGCGAGGAUUUUCCCUCGUUGCGUGCCACUUUGUCUUCUGCUUCUGGUGUAUCCCAUAAGCCUAAGGAAAAUUUGAAUCAGAAGGAGAAACAUUUAGGUGGUGACAGUUUAUACAGGGAGCAGAAGGAUGGUUCUCGAGUGAGUUCCCUUGUUGAUGUGAACUCUAACUUCAAGCUUUCCCGUGGUGGAGUUUGCAAUGGGCUGAGUGAAAAUGGCAAUGAAACCCGAACUAUUUAUGGCAGUUCUCGAGCAAUUGAGCAGGGUGGGGGGAGGCAAGAGGGAUAUUUCCCGGGUCCUCUGCCUCUGGUUAAGUUGAGCCCGAGGUCUGAUUGGGCUGAUGAUGAGCGUGAUACAAGUCACGGUUUGAUGGAGCGAAACAAAGAGAGCAGAGGGUUUUCAAAGACUGAAGCUUAUUGGGAUAGAGAUUUUGAUGUGCCCAGGGUUAGUGUUUUGCUACAUAAGCCUGCCCAAAGUUUUGACAAGCGGGUACUAAGGGACAAUGAUACUGGAAAAGUUUCUUCUGGUGAAGUUUCUAGACUGGACCCCUGUGUCAGAACAGCCAAUAAAGAGGGGCGUGAAGGGCAUUAUUGGAGGAAUCCAUCUUUUUCAAAAAAUGAUUUUGGGAUUCAAGAUGCAAGAAAUGAAAGAAAUGGUGUUGGCCCUUGUUUGAAUAGAGAAACAGGGAAGGAUAACGAAUAUACCCCAUCUCCUGUCCGAGACAAUUAUCAGGAUGAUCCUGGAAAGAGGGAUAAGGGGUAUGGUCAGGGAGGGAAACCUACUUGGCAUAACUCAGCAGAAUCAUAUGGUGGUCGAGGUCCUGAACAACAUGCUCGGGAUAGAUUUGUUAGUAGUGAUAAAUACCACAGAAAUAGAGUUGAUUCUGUCCAGAAUUUAGUGUCAAAAUCCUCAUUUUCUGUUGGUGGCAAAAGGCUUCCUGUUAAUGAUCCUCUGGUUAGUUUUGGAAGAGAAAAACGUACUUUACCUAUGAGUGAGAAGGCUUUCUUGGAGGACCCAUUUACAAAAGAUUUUGGAACUUCUGGUUUUGAUGGAAGGGAUCUCCUUUCAGUUGGUCUUGUGGUCAAGAAGAAGAAGGAUGUAUUAAAGCAGACUGAUUUCCAUGAUCCUAUUAGGGAGUCGUUUGAGGCUGAGCUUGAAAGAGUUCAGAGGAUGCAAGAGCAAGAGCGGCAGCGAAUCAUUGAAGAACAGGAUAGGGCAUUGGAAUUAGCUCGCAGAGAAGAAGAGGAAAGACUAAGGCAAGCUAGAGAACAGGAAGAGAGGCAGAGGAGGUUGGAAGAAGAAGCAAAUGAGGCAGCAUGGCAAGCAGAGCAAGAGCGAAUUGAAGCUUUGAUGAAGGCUGAAGAGCAGAGAUUAGCAAGAGAAGAAGAGAAACAAAGGAUCCUUUUGGAAGAAGAGAGGAGGAAACAAGCUGCUAAACAAAAACUUUUAGAAUUGGAGCAAAAGAUUGCAAUGAGGCAGGCUGAAGCAGCCAAAGGUGGUAAUUAUAAUUCUUCAGCUGUUGAGGAGAAGAUGCCAGGGUUAGUCAAGGAAAGAGAUACAUCCAGGGCUACUGAUGUGGGUGAUUGGGAUGAUAGUGAAAGAAUGGUUGAAAAAAUAAUGACCUCAUCAUCUUAUGAUUCAUCAAGUUUGAAUAGGCCAUUGGAGAUAGGCUCUAGGCCUCAUUUUUCCAAGGAUAUUUCUUCCACCUUUGUUGAUAGAGGAAAACCAGCUAAUUCAUGGAGAAGAGAUGUUAAUGAGAAUGGGAGUAGAUCAGCUCUCCAUCUACAAUAUCAGGAAAAUGGUCACAACAGUGAUAGUCCUUGUAGAGAUUCAUCAAUUAUCAGAAAGCCAUUUAGAAGGAAAGAGUAUUAUGCUGGUGCUGGAUUGAUGUCUUCAAGGACUUAUUGUAAAGGAGGUGUUUCAGAUUCUCAUUGCAGCAAGAAUACAGAGAUUGAUUCUGAUUUUCAUGAAAAUUUUGUUGAAAGACUUCAUGAUGGUUGGCCGCGGAGCCAUUUCCAUGGCAAUCCAUUUCGUCAGUUCCCUGAGCACUCUUAUCCAAAUUCUGAAUCAGAUGGCCCUUACGCCUUGGGAAGAUCACGGUAUUCUGUAAGACAGCCUCGGGUUCUUCCCCCUCCGUUACUAGCUUCUGGGCACAAAGCGUACGGAAAUGGAACUGAUCAUCCUGGUCCUUCUGCCUUUCUAGAAAAUGAGGUACAAUAUAAUCAGGCAGCAAACCGUGAAUCUACCAUGCCAUCUGGUUUUGACAACAGGUUUUGUGGACAACCUGAAGUUGUGGAUACCCUGCAGUCCACCACUGAGAACAAGGACCAUGAAGUUGAGACCACGCCUAGGUGUGAUUAUCAAUCUUCACUUUCUGUUUCAAGCCCCCCUAGUUCUCCAACCCAUAUCUCUCGUGAUGAUUUAGAUGAAUCUGGAAAUUCUGAAGAAGACAAAAGUGGCACCCUCUCUGCUCCAGAGAAUGAAUCUGCUGAGGUAUCUGCUAGAGCUCGGAAUGAAAAUGUAGAUUCUUCUUCAUUUGUUGAAUCCACUGUUGUUGUUGUUGAUGAUGAUGAAUGGACCACUGAGAAUAUAGAGCAGUUCCAGGAACACGAAGAAUAUGAUGAAGAUGAAGAUUAUCAAGAAGGAGAUGAUAAUAUUGACCUCAACCAAGAGUUUGAAGAUAUGUGUUCAGAGGAGAAUGGAUUGUCCCAUAUGAUGGAUAACCUAGUACUAGGAUUUGAUGAGGGUGUUCAGGUUGGGUUGCCCAAUGAGGAGUUUGAAAGAACAUCAAAAGAUGAAGAAACUUUGUUUAUGGCACAACAGGCCUCUAUCAAGACUCUAGAAGAACAUGUAUCUUUUGAAAAUGAUGGCAAAGCCCUUCAACCUGAUGAUGAUUCCGCUGCAGUGAAUCAUAAUACUAGUGUGUUUCAGGAAUCAGAAAAGCCAACUCAAGAGUUGGUCAUUCAACACAUCAAUACACACUCAUCAUUAUCAUCUCAGAGUUUAGGUAAUGUGGAUGCUUCUAAAAAUGUCCUGUCCACUCAUAAUAGUAUACCAACUUCAGGUACUCAUUUUCCUUAUUCAUCUAUGGGUCAAAAUCCUAUGUCUAAUGUAGCUGCUGCUCCAAAUCAAGCUGAGCUACCCAUUAAGCUUCAAUUUGGUCUUUUCUCUGGCCCAUCUUUGAUACCAUCUCCAGUACCAGCCAUACAGAUUGGAUCUAUACGGAUGCCACUUCCUCUGCAUGCACAGGUUGGUUCACCCCUCUCUCACGUUCACCCAUCACAGCCCCCUUUGUUUCAAUUUGGCCAGCUAAGGUAUACAUCUCCCAUAUCACAAGGGAUCAUGCCUAUGGGUCCUCAAUCGAUGUCAUUUGUUCAGCAUAAUAUUCCAUCUGAUUACUCUUUUAAUCAUAAGCCUGGAGGUCACAUGCCAGUUCACAGUGGUUCAGGUACUUCUGAUUGCUUUAUUAAAAAUGGGAUGAGGCCUUGUUCUGUUGAUAAUCAACCAGGUUAUUCAAGGCAUUUAUCCCAAGGUUCACGACCAAGUGAGAAUGCAGAAAAUGUGGAUGUUAUAAAACAUGGUGUCACUGGGACUGCUACAGGUUUCCAAGUGGACAAACAGGGGAGCCAAAUUUUUGUUGGGAAGAACAGCACCACAGCAUUCAAUGCUAAUAAAUCAGAAGGCCUGAAUCAUGCCAGAGAUGCAUCACUUCAUUCAAUUUCAGAAGAGAAGGAUGUUAUGGAGUCAAAGCCACAAUUUCCAGUACCUGGUGGUAGAGGAAAGAAAUAUAUCUUUACCGUGAAAACACCUGGCUCAAGAUCGUCAGGUUCCCUCAGAGUCAACCGUGCAGACUCCAGACGGCUUUUGAGGAAGCCCCGUUGGAACAAUCAACACACUGAGUUUCGAGUUCGUGAUAGUGAUGACAAGAGACAGUCUUCUAGUUUGGUUUUGUCUGAUCAGUUUGGAUCAGAUAAUAAAUCAAAUAUUAGUGGAAGGGGAACAGGCAUAUGUGGAAGGACUCGACCUAGGAAGACUUUGGCUAAUAAACUGGGUAAACAGACAGUAGAGUCAGCUACAGAAAAUUUCCAGCAAAUAGAUUCUGGAAGUAGAGCUGCAAAGAUAACUGACGGAAAAGAGUCAAUAAAUAGUCUGAGCAUCUCACAUUCUGGACAUAGUAAUCAUAAAAGGAACUUGUGUUCUGAGGAAGGUGUUGAUGCUCCAUUGCAAAGUGGAAUUAUAUGUGUGUUUGAGCAACCUGGAAUUGAAGCUCCUAGUGAUGAAGAUGACUUCAUAGAAGUCAGGUCAAAGAGGCAAAUGCUAAAUGAUCGGCGUGAACAGAGGGAGAAAGAGAUCAAGGCCAAGUGUCGGGUUGCAAAGAUGCAACGAAAACCCUGUUCUAAUUUGCAAAAUGCUGUGGCCAUAGCCAAUUCUAGCAAAGAAUGGUUGUCUACUGAAGUAGCAACCGGUGAUCACCCUCAUCUGGUUGCUGCUGGGGGGCAUGGAAUCACAAAGGUUGAUGUCUCAUCUAGAUUUAGUUCAAGUGUAUCAUCCCAACUACUAGCUCCUAUUGGCACACCUCCUUUGAAAAUUGAUGCUCAACCUGAUUUAACAUCUCUGACAAACAGGUCACUCCAGAUAUCGGGUGGUGGAAAGGGCUGUGAACCUGGUGUGUUAUUUGAGAGCAAUAAGGUUGAUAAUGUUCAAGCACUGGGCUCCUGGGGUAAUGUGCCAAUUAGUCAACAGGUCAUGGCCCUCACGCAGACACAACUCGACGAGGCUAUGAAACCUCAAGAAUUUGAUUCACAGGCUUCUAUUGGAGAUCUGGCAAGUGCUGUUAAGGAGCCCAGCUUGCCUUCCUUAUCCAUUUUGACAAAGGAAAAAGCAUUCACUUCUACAUCCAGCCCAAUUAAUUCCUUGCUUGCCGGGGAGAAAAUUCAAUUUGGGGCAGUGACAACGCCAACUGUUCUUCCUUUCAGCAAUCGUCCAAUGUCUCAUGGCAUUGGCCCCUCUCAGUCAUCUCGAUCGGACAUGCAAAUAUCCCACAACCUAGAUGGAUCUAGUAAUGAUUGCAAUCUUUUCUUUGAUGAAAAGAAGCACAUCAAUGAGUCCUGUGGUCAGCUAGAAGAUUGUGAAGCUGAAGCCGAAGCAGCUGCUUCAGCUGUUGCUGCUGCUGCCAUUAGUAGUGAUGAGAUUGUUGGAAAUGGAUUAGGUACUUGUGCUGUCUCAGUUUCAGAUGCUAAAAGUUUUGUAGCUGCCGGUAUUGAUGGUAUAACAGCAGGAGUAUCUAGUGAACAACAAUUAGAUAUUCAAUCCAGAUCCAAGGAGCCUCUCAGUGUAUCUCUUCCAAUAGAUCUUUCUCUUGAGACUCCUCCAAUUUCACUAUGGCCACCCAUACCAAAUCAACAAAAUUCCUCCAACCAAAUAGUCUCGCAUUUCCCUGGCGGCACUUCUCAUUUUCCUUUCUAUGAAAUGGGUCCUAUGAUGGGUGGUCCCGUCUUUGCUUUUGGACCACAUGAUGAGUCUGCAUCUACAGCACAAUCGCAGCCUCUAAAAUGUACUACGUCGGCAUCAAGGCCAAUUGGAAGCUGGCAUCAGUGUCAUGCUGGUGUAGAUUCCUUUUAUGGUCCUCCAACGGGAUUUGCUGGGCCCUUUAUCACUCCUCCUGGAGGAAUCCCAGGAGUCCAGGGGCCGCCACCCAUGGUUGUUUACAACCAUUUUGCACCUGUUGGACAAUUUGGACAAGUUGGCUUGAGUCUCAUGGGCACCACCUAUAUCCCACCAGGAAAGCAGCCUGAUUGGAAGCACAACCCCCCAUCUUCUGCCACAGGGGCUGGUGAAGUGGAUAUGAAUAUGAAUAUGGCAUCUUCACAGCGAAAUGCUCCUAACAUGCCCUCUCCAAUUCAACAUCUUGCUCCAGGUUCACCACUUCUGCCAAUGGCUUCUCCUCUGCCCAUGUUUGAUGUCUCUCCUUUCCAGUCUACUGAGAUGUCAGUACAAGCACGAUGGCCACAUGUUCAUAGUUCUCAGGUGCCAUCCAUUCCUCAGUCAAUGCCAUCGCACCAAGGAGUACAUACUUCUCAGUAUAGCAACGGACCUGUUGACCCGCCAUUAAAUGUCAAUAGGUUUACUGCCUCUCAAACUUCGACUUCUGAUGUGAAUGUUAACCAUUUGCCGGAUGAACUUGGAUUAGUUGAUCAUUCAAACUCCACUGCUGCCAAGUUGUCAGCACAUAGCAUCGUCAGCAAUACUCCACAGCAAAACAGUGUACCUACUCAGCAGCAGCAUGAUCAGUCAUCUGGAUAUACUACUAAUUAUCAGAAAGGAGGCAGCAUUUCGCUGAGAAACAGUUCUGGGGGUGAAUGGUCCCACCGUAGAAUGGGAUUCCAAGGAAGAAAACAAUCUCUGGGCGCAGAUAAGAGCUUGUCCUCCUCAAAGGUUAAACAAAUUUAUGUGGCUAAACAGACUCUUAGUGGGGCAUCAACAGUGUCAUGAGAGGAUUUGACAAAGAAAGACCGAAGGCUAAAAUAAUUUGGUCCGUGGUAGAAAUGAAGUUUUGAAUAGCUUUCUAUAUUUUGGGUAGGGAAGGUAGAGUUACGAUUGGGAUUUUUGUUGGCUACAUACAUCCAGAUUGUAUACCGUAUACCUUGCUGCGCUGGUCUUCCUGAUGAAGGGUACGAAGUGUGAUGGAAGCAGUUCUGUGCAUAACCUGGGAACUGGGGAUUUAUUUUGGUAUUUUGCCCCAUGGUAUUUUGAAAUGGGGUAUCAAUCAGAGGGCUGCGUCUUUCGUUUUCUCGUGAUGCUUUGGAGCCAGCCAGUAUUUAUUUGGGGGUGUUGGUGUAUCGAGAUCAGUGGUUCCAGACCAAAAAUAAAAAUCAGUGGUUGUCCUCGACUCCAAGUAUAUUUAUUCUUUUCAUUAUUAAAAGGAAAGAGUAUCAUCAGUUUUGAGAAAUGUCACUUUUCUUUAUGAAUAUUUUUUUCAUUCGCCUUUGAAAUUUAAUUACAAAUGACAAUUCUGCGAAUAAUUUCAAAGACAAUAAUAUAGUUGAUUCGUAACAAAUAAUACUUACUCUUUUUUGAGUAUUUAAAU